AAGUAUUUUCUGUGUCGACAAGCAUUGCAAGCAAUUCGGCAUGUGUGCCGUUAAAUAAGAUGUAUUUGUAAAUAGUAUUUAUAUGUUUGUGAAAGAUCAUUAUUUAGUUUAAAAUUGUUUUUAUUAAUUUUGAAACAUGGCUGAUAGAAAUACUGCAAAAAUUAUUGCUAUUCCUGAUGAUAUUUGUCAAAAAGCAGGCACAGCAGCAACAUGGAUUGGCCCUAACAAAUUAGCUGUUUUUGGAUACAAACACGUUAAUAUUAAUUCAAAAGGGACACAAAGCAAUUUUGCUCCAUGUGAAGCAAAAGUACAUUUUCUCCGACCAGAAGUUAUUUUAUUCUCACCAUCUCUUCGUAAAUUAGUAAAUGAAAGCAAUGGAGUAUUCUUAUCUGUUCAAAAGAUCAGAUGUUCACCUACAGCUAAUGAUUCAAGACCAGAGAUGCUUAAAUACAGUAAACAGUAUCGCUCUAUUCUCAGAGCAUGUGUAGAAGAACUCCAAGAUCUUGCAGAGAAAAGUACACCAGAAAAAAAAACAAUGUAUGAAAAUUUUCAAACAAUAUUUUACAAUGUAGAGUGUGUAUGGCAUUUGACUGAAAUUCUCUAUGUUGAUGUUAUUCCAGGUGACGUUGUUUUACCUCAACUACUUGAUUGGGUCAGAUUUCACUUUCCUUCUAGGGAAAUAAUGGCUAUGAAAAUACUUGCUAGGAAAAAAAUUGGUGCAGAUCUUGAGGGUAUGGAGUAUUGGGAAGCAGUAAUAGGCUGUGCUUUGCAUGGAAAAUUGGAUAUUGCUAGAGCUCUUCUUGCAUUACAUAGCAAAGCUGACCAUAAUGCAUUUAUAGCUGCAGAAAAUGCUUUAAGAAAUAUGCCUGUAUACAAUGUUUAUGGUGGUUAUUCUGUAAAAGAAUUCACAAUAAGAUGGAAACAAUGGCAAAUGAGUCUAUCCCAAAGUAUUGAUAGUAAAAUAUUUGCUAUUGAACCUAACUUAGAGUCACUUAUGAAGUUAAUUGUUGGAAAUGAAAUUUGGGAGUUUACUAAAUACACAGAUGCAUGGUAUGAGCUUCUUGCUGCUAAACUUUUUUACUCUGCUCCUUGCUGUAAGCAACCAGAGCUUGCAAGACAUGCUAAUAGUAUUGCAGUAAAGUGGCAAUCCAAUAAAAAAUCUACACUGUUAACUUUGGAUAAUAUUAUUUUGGCAUUGAUGGAAAGUGACUUGCAUCAAGUCAUCAAAGAAAUUCAAUAUAUGAAUGAUAAUGGAUGGUUUGCUGCUCAUCUCACAGAUUUACUGUUUCACUGUGGUAGACUGAAUAUAAUGGAUAAGCAUCAAGUCAAUGUUACAGACUUACUCCAUGAGUCUUUGAUAUUAGACUAUGGAAGUACACUAAUGAGCCAUCAUUCUCUGUGGCAAUGUGGUGCAAGUUAUUUGGUGCAUUGCUCUGAUCAGGGAAUGUCAAGACUUGAAUGUCUCUUAGAAACCUUACCUCUUGGGAAUGAAGUUAGAGUCUUAAAAAUUAUUAAUGUUGCAAAGGAAAAUCAUUUGAAUAAGCUUGCUUCCAGUAUAUGCAAAAUCCAAGGAAUAAAAUGUAUAAAACAAGGACGGCUAGGAAAUGCACUUGCUUGGGCUCUUAAAGCACCAGAUAGUUACUUUGCCAGUUAUAUUGCUGAUUGUUUUCUGAAACAUUAUGUUGAUCAUGCUGAUAUUCAAUGUAGGGAUUUGCUUGAAAAUUUGGGAAGUUGCAUGCUGACAAGCGAUCGUCUUACAUUCCUUGGCAAAUAUUGCGAGUUUCACCAAAUGUAUGGUAUUGGAGAAUUUAAAGAAGCAGCAAGGUUACUUAUUUCUCUCGUUGUAUCAAAUCUAACACCUAAAUAUUUCUGGCCAAUACUCUUAACAGAUGCCAUCCCCCUUCUCGAGACUGACGAUCUCGUGUUUACCUCAGAAGACACUUAUGAACUGCUAGCAGCUGUUGAAAAACACGGUGAAGAUCCGAAAUUCGAAGAUAAAGUUGAUAUCUUCCGACUAGCGGCAGCGCGAAAUUUAGCGCGAGCAUUGAUAAUUGAGGGCAGUCAACCCGAUUAGAAAGAAAUUUAUAGUCAGCAAGAAAAUAUGUUUAUUUUUAGAUUUGAAAUCAGGAAUAUUAUCCCUUUAUAAGUAAUAUUCAUAACAUUAAUAAUAAAAAAUCAAAUUUUCCUAAAUACUCCUAAACAAGCCAUUCUAAGGUUUUAGUCUUGGAAAAUUUAUUUCGUUAUGUAAUAUUGCAACCGGUAAUUAAUUAAUUUAUAAAUUUAAAAGAAACCGAGUAUAUUUACACACACAAAUAUUAUUAAAAAAAAAUAACAUCAAACUUUUACUUCUUGCACGAUCGACAUUAAAUUUCUGUUAAAAAGCCGCAGAACCAAUAACAAGAAUAUCAUAAUCAACCAUCAUGAACAUGUGAAAACAACAACAAAACGUACAGCGGAAAAGAGGAGCGAUGUACACGAUGGAAAAGUAUGUCAGUGACCUCUCUGUCUCUUACGGGAAAUGCCGAACUAAUUGAUUUUGUGGCCAAUCAAUCACGCGUGCAACAAACCGCAGAAAACCUACAACAUUGCUGUGCGCUUCCAUUCACUAUCUUUUAUCACCAUGAUAAAUGUCUGAUGGCCGAUGUCCGAUAUUUCAUUAUGUACAGGAAAGUUCCUUGAUGUAAAUCGCAGACUAUUUUAAAAACUAAUUUAUUUAUAAGGUAUAUAUAGAAAAAUACGUAGGACAUUUACAUUAUAGUAA